AUGCCUCCUGCCUGUUGGAUCGCCAAUAGUUCCCGAUGCAUUGAUUUGUCGUGUGUUGUCGCUGACUCGACUUCUUGUUUCCUGCGAUAUAGUUCUCCCGAUUGGCGAGCAGCCAAGCCAGAGCCUUUUCUACCACGCGACCCCAAGGAGCUGAUUCUUGACAUCAUUACGACAGCCCGAGUUAUUGCAAACCACCCUUUGAGAGCCAAGGAGGCAUCUCCUCAUGUUAGCACAAAGUACAACGUCAUUGUACGUAUAUCCGACCUGCCCACGUGUGAUCCCGGUGCAGCGACUGACCACGAGUACGAUGCCCUCGUUGUCGGUGCCGGUGGUGCUGGUCUCCGUGCCGCCUUUGGUCUCGCCGAGGCUGGCUUCAACACUGCUUGCAUCUCCAAGCUCUUCCCCACUCGAAGUCACACUGUCGCUGCUCAGGGUGGUAUCAAUGCUGCUCUCGGUAACAUGCACGAGGAUGACUGGAGAUGGCAUAUGUACGAUACCGUCAAGGGCUCCGACUGGCUUGGUGACCAGGAUGCUAUUCACUACAUGACCCGUGAGGCUCCUGCCUCUAUCAUCGAACUCGAUUACCAGCGUGCUUUUGGUGGUCAGUCACAGAAGUACGGCAAAGGUGGUCAGGCCUACCGAUGCUGCGCUGCCGCUGACCGAACUGGCCACGCUCUUCUGCACACUCUCUACGGCCAGUCCCUCGCUCACAACACCAACUACUUCAUCGAAUACUUCGCUCUGGACCUGAUCAUGCAGGAUGGUGAAUGCCGUGGUGUUCUUGCCUACAACCAGGAGGACGGUACUCUGCACCGAUUCCUUGCCAACCACACUGUUCUGGCUACCGGUGGCUACGGCCGUGCUUACUUCAGCUGCACGUCUGCCCACACUUGCACAGGUGACGGCAUGGCCAUGGUUGCUCGCGCGGGUCUCCCCAACCAGGAUCUCGAGUUUGUUCAGUUCCACCCUACUGGUAUCUACGGUGCUGGUUGCUUGAUCACUGAGGGUGCCCGUGGUGAGGGUGGCUACCUGCUCAACUCUGAGGGCGAGCGUUUCAUGGAACGUUAUGCCCCUACUGCCAAGGAUCUAGCUUCUCGUGACGUCGUCUCUCGAUCUAUGACGAUGGAAAUCCGUGACGGUCGUGGUGUUGGUGCUGAGAAGGAUCACAUCUACCUGCAGCUCAGCCACUUGCCUGCUGAGAUUCUUGCUGAGCGUCUGCCCGGUAUCUCUGAGACUGCUGGCAUCUUCGCUGGUGUCGAUGUCCGAAAACAGCCUAUUCCUGUCCUUCCUACUGUACACUACAACAUGGGUGGUAUUCCUACCCGCUACACUGGUGAGGUUCUUACCGUCGAUGAGCAGGGCAAGGACAAGGUUGUCCCUGGUCUGUUCGCAUGUGGUGAGGCUGCUUGCGUGUCUGUCCACGGCGCUAACCGUCUCGGUGCCAACUCUCUGCUGGAUCUCGUCGUUUUUGGCCGUGCCGUCUCGCACACUAUCCGUGACAACUUCAAGCCCGGCGAGAAGCUCAAGCCUCUUGCUGCUGAUGCUGGUGCUGAGCACAUUGAGGUCCUAGACCAGGUCCGAACGUCUGAUGGCCCCAAGAGCACUGCUGAGAUCCGUCUGGCCAUGCAGAAGGCCAUGCAGACUGAUGUCUCUGUGUUCCGAACCCAGGAGAGCUUGGACGAGGGUGUCCGCAAGAUGAAUGAGAUUGACCCCAUGUUCAAGGAAGUUGGCAUCAAGGACCGCAGCAUGAUCUGGAACUCUGACCUUGUCGAGACUCUUGAACUGCGAAACCUUACCCAAACUGCCACUGCUGCCGCCGCCCGAAAGGAGUCCCGUGGCGCCCACGCCCGUGAGGAUUUCCCCGACCGAGACGACCAGAACUGGAUGAAGCACACUCUUUCCUUCCAGAAGACGCCUCACGGCAAGGUUGACCUGUCAUACCGUGGCGUCAUUUCCACGACUCUGGAUGAGAACGAGUGCAAGCCCGUGCCUCCCUUCAAGCGUGUAUACUAA